GCGGCGGGGCCGGGCGUGGAGCCGGGUCCGGGCGGUGCAGCGGCGCCGGUGGGGUCGCUCCGGUCCCGGGGAUGCACCUGAACGGCACGGCCCCGGCUCUGCCGGGCGGCCCCCCCCGCCCGCACCCCGGCGGUUACGCCAACGCCUCCAACCGCUCGGACCUGCUCCCCAAAGGACCCGACGAGGAGGACCUGGACGUCAACACCGACAUCUACUCCAAAGUGAUGGUGACCGUCAUCUACCUGGCUCUCUUCUUGGUGGGCACCGUGGGGAACUCCAUCACGGCGUACACGCUGGUGCGCAAGAAGUCGCUGCAGAACCUGCAGAGCACCGUGCACUACCACCUGGCCAGCCUCGCCUUCUCCGACCUCCUCAUCUUCCUCCUCUGCAUGCCCAUCGAGCUCUACAACUUCAUCUGGGUCCACCACCCCUGGGCUUUCGGGGGGGUCGUCUGUAAGGGCUACUACUUUCUCCGGGACGCCUGCACCUACGCCACGGCGCUCAACAUCGCCAGCCUCAGCGUGGAGCGCUACAUGGCCAUCUGCCACCCCUUCAAAGCCAAGAGCAUCAUGUCCCGCAGCCGCACCAAGAAGUUCAUCAGCUGCAUUUGGAUCGCCUCCUUCCUCCUCGCCAUCCCCAUGAUCUUCACCAUGGGGGAGAUCUACGGCAAGGACCGCGAUCCCGAUUCCCUCAUCUGCACCACCAUCGUGGACGCCUCCACGCUGAAGACGGUUAUCCAGGUCAACACUUUCAUCUCCUUCGUGUUCCCCAUGGUGGUCAUUUCUGUGCUCAACACAAUCAUCGCCAACCAGCUCAUGGUCAUGUUCAAGCAGGCUGCCCAGGAAAACCAGGUCUGCACCAUCGGUGGGCAGCAGACAAUGCUCAGCAUGUCCAUGGAGCCCAGCCGCGUGCAAGCCUUGAAGCACGGCGUGAGGGUCCUACGUGCUGUGGUGAUUGCCUUCGUGGUCUGUUGGCUCCCUUAUCACAUACGGCGUCUCAUGUUUUGCUAUGUCCCCUCCAGUCACUGGACAGAUUUCCUUUUCAACUUCUACCACUACUUCUACAUGCUGACAAACGUCCUCUUCUACGUGAGUUCAGCAAUCAACCCCAUCCUCUACAACCUGGUGUCUGCAAACUUCCGACAGAUCUUCCUCUCUACACUCACACUCCUGUGCCUGCCAUGGAGGAAGAAGAAGAAACGACUGGCCUUCACCAGGAAAUCCAACAGCAUCUCCAGCAACCACACAUUUUCCAGCCAGGUCACAAGGGAAACUACAUACUGAAGCCAAAGGAGGAAGGGAAAUGCAUUUCAUCGUGGAGUCAAAACUUGGGAGAGGCCUCUGUGACUUUCAUGCAUGGUCUCCAAAUUCAUGUAACACAAAUGUGUUUAGCAAAGUCAUUUUUGUUGGCAAAAUAGGCUUCAUUCUGCCAGUAACUUUGAGGUUAUUUUAAAGCAUUGGCCUUGCCUCUUGUGAGUAAUGUCUACACGUUUUGUAACUUCAGUCUGGCAUAAAUCCAGGUGCAGUGUUGACUGGGAAGCCAAAAUAUGUUAAACUUAGGCAAAAUCAUACUGCGUUUCAUCCUUUUCUCAAUGCAGAGAUGCCAUGUUCACAUCCAAGGGUUUGAGUUCACGUCUCUUGGUGGCACCGAGCAGAGAGUCUGAUGAGGAGAAAGUAGUUUUGAACAGAAAGGGAUGUUUUCAGAGAGCAGACAUGCUCAUCUAUGGGAUGUUCAAUGAACGAGGAGUGAAAACUCAGGAAGCCAGGUGGUUAUUUUUGAAAUAUAUCUAAAUUAUUAUUAAUAUGACCUAGGUGCUCGAGAGAGCCGCUCUGGCUCCUUGAAAUUAAAUAACAACAGAUGAUGCCUUACCUAGAUUGGGGUGGCUGUGGCCUGGGGGAAUGGGGGUCAUCUUUCACUUUAGGGCACAUAUAGUGCCUGGCACAGUGAACCCCCUCUCUUGCCGGUAUUGGUACUGCAACACCAAUAAAUAAAUGCUCUGGCAAAGUCAAGAAUGCCAAAACUGUGCCCAGCUGGAGUGCUGAAAACAAACAGAAAUGGAAAAUCUUACUGUUGCCAUACAGCCAAAUCCUGUUUUUCUUUGGGGAGAACAGUUAGCUGGCCUGCAUUAAGAGGUGAGAAAACUCCAGGCUCAUGAGGGCUUCAAGGCUGCUGAGAUAAGAGCAACCUGCCCCAAUUCUGUGGGACCUUCAGAUUUUUCCCAUUCUUAUUCCAAUUUUACUUGUUUCCUCACCAUUUUCAGAAGGCUGAUGUCUCAUAGGUUGUAUCAGUUGUAGGCAGCAGGGCCUCUUGUUCUACCUUUUCUUAUUUCUUUCUGCUACCAGACCUGUUGGCACACUGAUCUGCACAGACAAAUCUUCAAAUGGUGCAAAUGAAGAACACAAGAAGGUCUAAACCGAGGAGUCUUAGCUCUAAACCGACUUUCUUUUAACAAGCCAGAGGAACAGAAACAAGACCUGAAAAUUCUCUUUGAAAUUUCUCAGCUGGCCAGGAUAGGUAGCGUGAGCUUUUCUCCCAUAUGGUUCCACCUUUAACAGCCCACUAUGUGAUGCAGCAAAUUGCUCCAGAUCCUUUAGCACCAGAAAUCACAGGUCUCUGGGACAAGCUAAAGGGCUUUCCCUGCUGUCACAUCACCAGAUGGGGACCUGCAUGAACCUGGAACCAACCAAUCGUCCUGUGCAACCUCUGCUGUGAUUUUGCUGGUGGUGACCUUGUGUCCCCUUUCAUACCACACUUCAUUAGGAGGGCAGUGCUCGCUUCUUCAUGAUGACAAACUAGAAGAGUCACUUGGAUCAGUUCAGCUUUCUGGGCUUUGCCCAUACCCUGUCACUCUUCAACUAACAAGCACCCUCGGUACCUAACAGAAGUCUCAGUGCUGGAGAUGUGGAUCUGGCCACACUGAACUGUCACACAAUGAUGGAGACCAGUUACUGAUCUACUGGGUGGAUCUUCUCCUGCUACAAAUGUGGUAUCUCGUGGGUGAGUCCCUGUUGGGCUCAGGGCAUAAAGAAAACACCUGUGGGGCAUUUGCUGCGAGUUGUGAGUGAUGGCUAUCUACUUCUGAGGCAUUUAUAACCUGGCAGUUGUACAGAGCUAGCUACCAUGGUAGACCUGGCUACCACCAGCCAUGACCUCCAACCACACCUACCAGGGAUGGGAGAUUAUUUUAAUGCCUAGUACAGAACCACUCCAAAAGAAAGGGCUCAAAAUAGAAAUCAGUGGGGCUUUAGUUUCUUCUGAUUCAGCCAAACUGCAAGCUCUGUUCUGUCAUGCCUUCUUUUAAUUUCUUGGGCAGGUUGUACCAAACAGAGGACAGAGAUUAUAUUUGACAAAGCACUUUCGUUGCUCAUGCACAGUUGACUCCUCUUUGGCAAGAAAAACAGGUAGUGGCACAGAAAACAAAACAAAAGAAAAAAGGAGAUUGAUCUCUUUGGAAGGAGAUCUGGGAGAAACCAGCAAAUGUUAUCUGUGUGUGUGUGUGUUAGAAAUGGCUUGGGCAGAUCGGAAGAAGAACCUCUAGAAGACCUGUACAUACUGCCUUGUGGAAAAGUCCAGGUAUGAUAAGCAGAGGAAGAGGAGUCUUAAUGUCACACACUUAACAUUGGCCUUCCAGGCAAGACACUUUAAAUGUUUCUGGAGAGGACGCAAAUUUUUUAACUUCACCUCUAAAUAGAGUCAACAGCUGGGAGGUGGUUUCUGAAACCUCCCACAGAAGCUGUAACUGUGUGUUGCUUUAACUUUCACUAGAAAUUAACAUCCUGCGUGUCUCAGUUGCUUUUGAAGUGUUAAACAUUAUUAAUAUACUUGUUCAACACCAACCUGCUGAAAUGUGCUUGAUUAUCUUAGAAAACACUGUACAAAAAUUGUUGUUUCAUGUAAAAUGCUUGGCUUAGAUUUUCAUUACUGAGCUACACUGGCAGGUUACAGAAUAUUUGAUCACAGCUCAGAGAAACUGGUAGGUUUAUUUUUGGUUUGACAUGAAAACAGGAACAAGCUGGAGUAAAAACGAUCUUAUCGUAAACUCUGUCCGCAAUGUUUGUUGGGCCACUUGAGUCCUGAAGAGCUGACUGUUUGGGGGGAUUUAUCCAGGCAGUUUGGUGGCUUCUACAGCUCUGUUCCUGCAGCUUAACAUGGGAGCAGACCUGAGUCUAUGGCCUUAAUCUGAGAUUGCAGCUCAAAGCUACCUCUUCCACUGGCCAAAUCUGACUACCUUGAGCUGAGAAGUGUAAGUUACAGCUGAUUUCAUCCUCUCUCCUCUCCUCACCUAGUUUUGCUAUAUUCAGCCUGGAGAUUUAGUUCCCUUGAGCUCAAAGUGAGGAUAACUCACUGUAAGACCCCACAGUUUUAUAAAGGAAAGCAUGAUACUGCCCAGUGUAUACCAGAAAAAUGGUUCUUUCCAUGCCUGUUAACAACGGUUGAACUACUAACCCAGGAAGGUUUAGCUUUAAACCUAAUCGAGUAUAAGUGGCUUUUGCCAUUAGAAAAAAAUGCAUAUUCCCAUCCUUUGUAUUCCUGUCUUGUCUGAACUCUCUGCUGGGGCAGAGAGGUGAGCGUUGGUGCGGCAUGCUGUUAAUCUAUGCAAAUUUCCUAUAAGUGUUUUGAACUGUUUGUUUUGACUAAAAAAAAAUCUGUAGAACCCACAGAUGUGAAGUGCUGCCAGAUGGAUUCUGAGAAAUUCCCAUCUGAAGAGAGUCUAUCAAGUGACCUCUUCAAAUAUUAUUUUGAGGUUUCCUUUCUCUUCACAGCGUUCUUGUCAGGGCCAUCCAUUUGGCAGUGUGUGAAAUCAGAUUUACCAAGUCAUUACGCUAUUUGGAAAUUUCCCCCAGACAGGACUUUCUCACCAAAGGCCCAGUACACAUCAGCGUUUCAACGCUCUGCUGAGCUUGUCUUCUUUGUAAAGUGCACGAGACCUCACUUCAGCGACUGCGCCCGUAAAGGAGAAAACUAAAUGGAAAAGUCAGUGAGGAGGGUUAGCAGGACACGUGCUGAAAAUGUGACAGUAGCGGGACCUUUGCAUUUAUAGCAUCAAACAUUUAGCAAAAUAAAAACCAAGGUGUUGCUGCAGACAGCUCGUGUGGCAGGUUUGAACCCAUCGCCUGUGCGGCUGCUAUCGCUACCUGCUCUCGGGGAAGGACAGACGUCCACACGGCAUGAGAGCGCUGGAGCUUUCCUGUGCAACGCCUUGAGUGUUAGUCUGGUAUCUUCUUGGUUGUGUUGUUUGGUAGCUGUUCAAACAAAGCUGUAUCUGCUAGAGCUCUGUCUGGUUCUUAACGUUACAGCUCAACAAGUUCUUCUGUUCUCAGUCUGGACUCAUUUAGGACGAAAACAGAAAUUGCUAAUCUAAAAUUUCAUGAUGCUGUGUCCUGGCUUUGUGAUCAAGAGUCCUUCCCCAGCCGUGCCACCUGAUAGUCCUGCACAUACUGUAUUUGUAGCAAAUAUUUUUUAAAGUGCACCUUUUUUUUUUUUUUCUGAAAUACAAAAUGUUAAUGUGCUUUAUUUUCUGUGGCCCGUUGCGCAAUGGGAAAAAAAUGAAUGUUAAAAGUGUGUCAGUGUCUCCCUUGUAAUAUUUUCUGUGACAAAGGGAAGGAAGCUGGUGUGAAAUCCUUUUGUGUCGCAAUGGGAAACACUCUUUCAAUGUAACAUGCUAUUAUUGAUACUGUAUUUCUUGAUCAAACUGUAAUGAAAUGGUUACUUCCUGAUAUAGCCUUUGUACUGUCUGGUAUUUUAUUUUAUUUUAUUUUGUCAUUUAUUGAUCCUAAGAAAUAAAUAUCCAAAUUUAA